GCCGUUCACCGUAUAUAGUACAUCGUUUUUUAGUGUCCAUAAUAAAAUUUCUUAUAAUCUUUUUAUCGUGAAAACAUUUGUAUCCUUACUAACGUAUUGGUAAAUUCGUAUAAAAGUAAAAUUACUCCAAACCCAGAAAAAUAUAAAACAAAAAAUAUAUUGACAGCAAGUGAUUAUAUUUAAUAAUUAAAAUAAUAUAAUAAUAAUAAUAAUGAUAAUAACAUGAAAUAAUUAUUGUUAUUAAUGUUUAGCGUUAAAAAAAUUUUAACGCGCAUGACGUAUGUGUGCGCGAUGAAAAAAAAAUUUUUAAAGCGGUGACUCCAUAAAUAUAAUCCACUAAUUUAUUGUUAAUUAUCAUAAAACUUUUGAUAAUUACUGUGCUAAAUAAUUAAUUUUUUUAAGUAUUGUGAUUUUAUUUACUUACAAUUAUCAGGUUCAUUUUACCCGCGACUUUUAUUGUCGUAUUUAUUUUUACCCGCGAUGUUAUCAUAACAUUAAUUUAUUAGUUUAUAAUAAUAAUAAUAAUAAUUAUUAUUAUUAUUGUGUGCAAAAACAAUUAAAAUUAAAAAAUAUUAAUUUAAACGUCAGUGUAAUUAAUUAACUAAUUAACGAUGAGGUUAAUUGGACAUCUGUAAAUAAAUUUUUAUUUAUUUAUAAAUAAUUACAAUGUCUGGACAAAGUGGAGGUGGAGACGGCGGUGGCGGCAGAAUUCGACUGGCGAAUUUAAAUGACCAGUUGACUUGCAAAUUGUGUAAUGGAUAUUUUAUUGAUGCGACAACAAUUAUUGAGUGUUUACAUUCGUUUUGCCGCAGCUGUAUUGUCAAGUACUUGGAGAGUAAUAAAUACUGUCCGAUAUGUGAGGUGCAAGUACAUAAAAGUAAACCGUUACUUAAUAUCAGACCGGAUCAUACUUUACAAGAUAUUGUUUACAAGCUGGUUCCAGGAUGUUAUCAAAAUGAAAUGCGCUGCCGUAGAGAAUUUUACGAGAAACAUCCAGAAGCCCAGCUGUCAACAAUGUCACCAGAAGCACGUGGCGAGCCGAUAGAAUCCCACAUCUACUCGCCAGACGAAGUGUUGACUCUAUCCCUGGAGUACUACAACCCGAAUCUUAUCGACACCACAGGCGUAGGAGUAGUGAUUCCUCUAAACGAAACAAAAGAAUUAACAGCCUCAUCAAUAUCAUCAUCGAGUACCGGGUCAGCAAGUGCCGGAUCGAACGAUGUCUUGCCCCGGCGGUACUUGCGCUGUCCCGCAGCAGUGACAGUUUUCCAUCUCCAGAAACUGAUUCGCGCGAAAAACGGACUCAGCGACGUCCACCGCGUUGACAUUAUGUACAAAGAGGAGUCGCUCUGCGGUAACUACACUCUCAUGGACGUCAUGUACAUUUACCACUGGAGACGGAAAGUUCCUCUGCACCUCAGCUACCGCAUAUUCGAGUCAUCGCCCAAGCGGUUGAAACUUUCCGACGACAAUAUUCACUACCGGGAAUCGCUUACUAAAACCGGUAUAAAUUUUGUUCCUUCUUCAACGUCGUCCUCAUCGUCGACUUCAUCUUCGACGUCUUCGGCUUCGUCGACAUCACCGACGACCAAAGAAUCCGUUAAAAGUGACAGCAAAAAAGACGAGUGGAAAGAAGUGCAACUGAAAAUAUCCGAGACUGGAGAGACUAGUGUGACCGUCAUCACAAACUCUGACCUCAAAAAAUUGUCUAAGUCGUCAGGGUCCUCGACUUACUCACGCGUCAAUGAAACGCAGCCGAAGAAUUCAGUAAAAGCUGAGCCGACGGCUCCAAUUGACAGUAAUUCCAAGAAAACUGACGACAAACAUAAAAACAAUGACGAGUCCAAGUCUAAUAACAAUGAAAGUGUCCCAGUUAAAGUGGAGAAAGACAAAAUUAAGAGUGAAAAAAGUGAAGCAUCUCCAGCUGCUGGAGUCAGCGGGGGCUCAAAAAUAGACGCGCUGAGUGUUAAAUUACAAUUCCAACCUAAAGUUGGUCAGGUAAACAACACGUACUCCAAGAGAACGCCGAAAGACAAAGGAAAAGUCACGAUAACAGACAACAAGUUGUUGAAAAAAUCUGAUACCCGCUUGUAUUUAAAUGACAGCCAGAAAGCCAAAGUCGCUGAUAAAAAUCGUUCGACUUCCAGUACUUCCGCCUCUUCAACGCCCACAUCAAAGCCUUUGUCCUUUACUUUGGUGUCAUUUCCGCCCCAACGAAACGCCGAUAAUGACAAAGAACAAACUCCAGUGAAACGUAAAAAUGACGUAAAUUACAAUCAAAGGUCUGGGCUGACAAUAACGACAACAACUUGCACUUCUUCGUCUUCUUCAUCCUCAACUACCGCAGCAGGAAAAAAUUCACGUCUAAAUUCAUCAAGUGAAGCCAACGACGCCGGAAUCGGUAAACUGACGAUAACUCAGGCGACGUUUCCUUAUUCUGUACAGGACUUGGUAUCAAAUACCAAGAAGUCAGUGACGAAACCGAGCGAUUCCCCGUUGCAUUCACCGGCUGUUACUUAUUCGAUAACGACAGCCACCACUACCACGUCAUCAACUUCAACAUCUUCAGCAUCAGCAUCAUCAGUACCAUCGUCAGCAUCAGUAUCAGUAUCAGCAGCAGCAUCGCCCGGAUCAAACACAGCAACAAAGACUCCAACUUACACGAGCCCAUGCAAUAACAAAAGCAACGAUGUAAAUAAUAGUACGAGUAAGAUAAAUAGUAAUAGUAGUAGUAGUAAUAAUAUAAAUAAUAAUAUAAAUCAAAGUGGAGGAAGUACAAUAAUAGUACCGCCGUGUCCUGACGCGAUACCAAUCGCACUAAUGAAGCCGACGGUUCGUAAAACAGAAAUUCUUACCAAAGGAACAAAUCUUAAUGAAAUCUGCGCUAAAAUUGGCGGUAAUGCUGCUGCUUCAGCAACAAGUGCGUCAACAGCAGCCCCCUCAUCAGCAUCAGCAGCAUCUUCGUCAUCAUCGUCACCGUCAGGCUCGAAAAUAAAUGACAUUUGCGCUAAAAUCGGUGAGAAUACGAAGGAAAAAAAUAACAGACUAGAAAUAAAAUCACGCCCGGAAAUACCGGAUCUGUUGAAAAUAACAAAGAAAUCGAUGUCCUCGACAAACACCAGCGACAAUAACACCAACGCGAUGAUAAAACAUAUCGCUAAUAUACCGAACAUCCCAAUUUACACGCCCAGUUUAUCGGUAUCUGAAUUGCGCGGUAAUUCUGGCAGCACGACGUACUCGCGGGAUUAUUUAAAAAUGUCAACCCCAAGUAUUACCGUUACCACAACGACCUCAACAUCGCCUAGUAUUAAUUUGACCCCCACGACUUCGUCUAUCACAAUAACGCCGACCUCGUCUAUGAUUAUCACGGCAGCGGGUCAGCAUCAAAACCCCUCAAGUUUUCAGCGUAAAAAAGUAACGUCAAAACACGGCAGUGGGAGUGGGAACCCAAGUACCGGAAGUAGUGGUGCCAGUGGCAGUUCAAUGAGUAACUACAAGACUCUACGGGAGCCGCCAAAGCAAUGGAACCCCGUGCUGUCAAAAAAUAAUUACGUCGCCGUUAAAAAUCAAGCCGCCAAGGAAUUGCAGAAUCAAACCCAACUGAACGCUGGUUCUGAACCAGGUGACGGGAAAUCGAUAGCGUCUAAGCCGGCUAAAAUAUUUAAGAUGAGAAACGUGCCGAGAUUUUUAGGUAACCCAGCAUCUGGAGUCAAGCCCAUGUACAAUAUCAAUAAUGAGUCUAAAGACAAAGAGUCAUCGUCAUCUUCUUCUUCUAAUUUAUCAGCAGCAGCAGCAACAAAAUUAAAUUCCAGCGGACUGAGUAUGACCAAAAUAGACCCCAAGACCCUGUCACCGAUAACGAUAACAUCGCGUACGAACACAAACUCUCCCAUAAUAACACCGCCGCCUUACUCACCAAAUACAUCAAGUAGUUACCAAAAUACCCCAUUUUCCCGCGGUGGCGCGAGCGGUUCCACGACAAGUAACACAAAUAUAAAUACUCCAUUAUCACCACGGAAUUCACCAGUUAAUUUACUAUCAACUAGUCCAUUUAUUCCCUCGCAGACACCAAAUACAAACCCGCGUUUAAUUUACACCCAUCACUUCCACCCGUCAGUCCAACCACCGCCGCAAUAUUCAAACGCAGACCUGGUGAGAUUUUCAACAAAUCCUCUGAUAAGGACAAGUCUCAGUUGUUUGCCGUCAGUUCCACCAAACGCGGCCUUCCACAGCAGCCUGCCACCGGCAAUUAGCAAAUUUUUCCAACGCACUACCAGCUACAUACCGCACACUACUACGGUGACUUACUCGCAGCAGGGUCUUGCUAAUCAGUCUGUUGCUAUGCAGAGAAUUGUGCCGAGUAUAAAUAAUUUUACGACGACAACAUCCGCGACUUCGUCGUCACUGACAUCAACUCCGAGCAAAUCUAAAACGACGGUAACAAACUCCCAGACUUUUAAUUCUGCGAAAACUGAAUCGAACAGAGAAAGAGAGAUCAGUAAUUUGGUAAAACCGACGCAGGAAACGAGCGCUUUCAAUCUUUCGCAAGCUUCCACUGCGACUUCGACGACAACAACAACAGCAACGUCUAGUAAUUUGAGUACCAGCAGUAAUUAUGCGUCGGAUUUGACUAAAAAUUCAUCACCUAAAGUAUCUGCUGAUAGUAAAAGUGCUGCGGGUAGUCAGAGUUUUAACAAAAAUGUGCCUUGUGACGGUAGCAGCAAAAGCAAAGACAGCAAAGAUCAGGAAGAAGACAAAGAUAAGGAUAAAGAUAAAGAAAAAGUUGAAGAUAAAGUUGAUAAGGACAAAAAUGAUGAUGAUAAAUGUAAAGUAAAGCAGGAAGAUGAUAAAGUUGAAGAUGACGGCAAAGUUACGAAGAAGAAAAUAAAAGAUGACAAGAAGGUCGUGAAGAGAUUGAAGAAAGAUGAGGAAGGUGACAAAGUUGAUGAUGCUGAUGGCAAAGAAGAAGUUAAAGAAGAACUAAAAGUUAACGGGAGUUCAACAUCCGCGACUGGGAAUCCAACGGUGGCUGAGUCGAGUGUAAAUAAAACUAAUGAACAAAUGGGUAAAGAUAGUAAAGGGACAACUGAUGCUUCAGCAACGGCGACACCGAAUCCAGUUGCGGAAAAAGACAAUCCGGUUUUUAGUGAAGAUGAUAAGAGUAAAGAAAUUAAAAUAGAGGCGGAAGAAUCAAAUGGUAAAAAUAAAGACAUUAAAAUAAGCAAGUCGACGACUUUGAAUACGGAGUGAUCAAGAUUAUUAAAUAGUAUUUAAUUAAUUAGAAGUAACCUUUCGUGUCGCGGUGAGGGAAUGCCGCCAUGUUGGUUUUAGUGCAAAGUUGCCGGGUCGAUUUCGAAGUUUCGCUGAUUUACGUCAGAUAAUUAGAUUUUUAUUUACAUUUUUUUAGAACAUAUAUUUUCUAUGAAAUUUAUUUAUUAUUUAUACGACUGGGCUCCAUUUUUUUGACUGAUAAAAUCAACUGAUAACGUUCUUUUAUAAAUAUGGCAACGUUGCAACAAAAAUUUACGAGAUCAGUCGCACAGAGAAGAAAUCACUGGAAUUUCAAAUCAGACAAAUAUUUAAUUAUUAAAAAAUAGAGUAAAUAAUUAAUAAAAUUAAAUUUUUAAAAAAUGCGCAUUUAAAAAAUUUUGAAAUCAAUAAGUGCAUUUUUUUCAAAUAUUUUUUUUUUAAUUAUUUACUGUAUUUAUUUAUAGUUUUAAAUUUGUCUGAUGUCUGCUACAUUAAUAAAACUGAAGUUAGCCGACGUCUAAUAAUUUUUGGAUUUUCUUUUAGACGGUAAAUUAUAAAAAAAAAAAUUUUGAAAAAAUUCCAUCUGUAGUUUUUUAAAUUUUCUACAUGUGCAUAUUUUUAGUUUUUAUUUUUUUUUAAUUGAUUUGUUGAAAAAACAAUCCGAAAAUUUUUAAUUGUCUGCUAACUUCAGGAUCAUUGCUACAUUCACAAAAAAUGCGCGUACGGAUUUUUCAUUGAUGUAAAUACGCAUUUUUUAUACUUUAUUAUACUUACACUUUAUUUAUUUAUUCAAAAAUUUAAAAAUUCCCGCUAGUCAAUUACAUUCGCACUCAUAAAUUUUAUAUGACCCUGAAGUCAGUAGACAAUUGAAAAUUUUCGAAUUUUUUUCAACAAUUCAAUUACAAAAAAACACAAUCUAAAAAUAUGCACAUGUAGAAAAUUUAAAAAACUAUAGCCGCAAUUUACAAAAAAAAAUUUUUUUAAUUUAUCGUUAAAAAAAAAAAAACUGAGAGUAAAUGUAUCAGACAAAACAAUUUUUUAAUUACACAUAAAAAAAUUAAAUAAAUUAAUAAAAAUAGAAUUUAAAAAAAAUGCAUGUGCUGAUUUUUGAAUUUUCUAAACGUGCAUUUUUUUAUUUAUAUUUUAUAAAAAUUUUAUGUUAUUAUUUCCAAGUUUUAAAAAUUGUCAGAUGCCCGCUAACUUUACUGUCUUUAAAUUUUACGAUACUGAAGUUACGGCGUCCAAUAACUUUCAGUUUUUUUGAAAACGAUAAAUUACAAAAAAAUCCACCUGUAGUUUUUUUAAUUUUCUACAAGUGCAUAUUUUUACUUUUUUUUUUCGUAAUUGAAAUUUUUUUUAUCGAUCAGUAAUGAUUCAUUUUUCAAAAUUAUCAUUACCAAAAAAAAGGCGGGAAUUCUCUCACCCGGCGGACGAAAGGGUAUAUAAAUAUAUAUACAUAUAUAUAUUUUUAUUAGUUUACAUAAUUAUUACUUUAAAAUUUUCAAAUUAAUAAAGAAGAAAUAAUGAAGAUUAAGAAAUUUAAAUCCGGUGCGUGUGCAAUUAAUUUAUGUACGCGUGCAUUUUUUAAUUAGUUAUGGAUUUACGAUUGAUCAAGUGACGGUAUGACCUUAUUGGUAAUUGAUAAUUAUUAAUUAUCAUUAUCAAUGUAAAAGCUU